AACAAUGAAAACUAGCGUUAAUUUUCAUCAAUUUAUUUUAUUCUGUGUGCAGAUUUGUGGAAAUUAAGCAGGAAUGUAAAAGUAAACUGAAAAAGAUAAGUCACAGGUGAGAAUGGAUACUAAUACCCAGAAGAAAAAGUUGCCCGAUCGGCCGUUUUAUCUUCCUCAAGGAGAAACAACUAGUUCUAGAAUUAUCACUGAAGCAAAAGAAUCUCUCGGCAAUAGAACAGGCUUACAGGCAGUAGUAACAAAGAGACCAUGCACACCCAGGGAUGCCACAAGAUCUUUGUUUGGUGCAUCAAGCUCCAGAACCCCAGAAAACAGACCACCAAGUUCUUUCAGCUUAGGAUCUCGUCACUUUGAUGGAUCUGAUACCUCUAGACCAGCUUCCAGAGGACGCCUUCAACCCAUCAAUCAUACACCUAUUUUCUCUACCCUCUCAGAAGAAAAACCCAAAAUUCCUACAGAAGAGGAAAUAGACUCAGGAUUACUUCCUCCAAAGCCACCAUCUGACCCCAACAAAGUUCAGAGGGGGAAGGCUACCAGAACACGUCUACAACAGUCCACCAGUGUAGAAAGCUCUCUAAGUUCAGAGGUCAAAUCUGGACUAGAAACCAGUCCCUCUGAUGGAAAUCAGGUGAUAAAGAAUGCAGAUGAGUCAGUUAGAAGAGUUCAUAGUGGUCCAAAAGAGAGGACCCCGAUUCCUGUGGAGGAAAGGGGAGAAGGAGAUGGGAGAGAAAUGCCCCACAGAGCGCCUAGCUCAGCCUCUGUUCGAAGCCCCCCUCGCAGUGCUGAGAGUAGGACAGGAAGUGGUGGUACAAAGAGGACAUCUAGUGCUGGGAGUACAGGCAGGGGAGGUUCGGCAGGUAGGAGAGAAGAAGAGACAGCAGAGGAAGCCUUAUUUUUCAGUCAGAAUAUAACCCCACUGUUAGAUCGAAUGACUGAUGCAAGCAGCAAGAAAGAUGCUAAGAGACUAGGGCAGGUGACAGAAGAAUUGUACUCCUUACUGCAGAAGGAAAACUUACUUGGCAGGAGUUGUAAACAACGUACCACUAUCCUAAAAUCUAUAUUUAAACUUCUUGAUGUAGAGGACUCACGUAUACAGCUCAAACUGGCAAGACUGAUUCUUGCUUUGAAGGUUACAGGAACUAAUCUCCUAAGUGCUUGUAAAUUGGUCUUCAAAAUUAGCAGAAAUGAAAAAAAUGAUCCAGAGUUUCUUAAAGGAGAUAUUCUCGAUGUACUUAUGGACACACUGAAAAGCACAGAUCCUUUCAAUGCUAGUGAAGCCCUGGUAUUCUGUAUAGGGUCCUUAAAACUGUUAACUGGUAAUUCUACAAUAGUCAAACAGUUAGUGAAGAAGGACUGUAUAGAAAGCCUGGCUAUUCUCCUCAACAGUAUUAAUAAAACUAUAAGGGAAGGCAGUGAGCCAACAACACAGAUAGGAAACAUUCUUAUCCAGGCUACAGCGGCUUUGAGAAAUCUGGCUGAUGCUGGCUCCAGUAGAGAGAGGUUAUUAGGAUGUCAGGCCAUUGAAUCCCUCUGUCUCAUCAUAGACAGUUUUACAUCAGAUGGGGACCUCAUGCUUAAUAUCUCCAGAAUAUUUAGUAAGGUGACAUUGCACACAGACUGUUGCACUGCCCUGGCUGAUUAUCCGACUUCAUACAAAUCAUUUGUCAGUGUCCUCCAGAAACACCAGCACAAGUCUGAUGUGGUGGUGCGAGUGAGUUUUGUGUUAGGGAAUAUGACAGCUAAGAAUGAAGUGGCCAGACUCCGCCUUUUCCAGGAGGCGGGGUCUUUUGACAUCCUUCUUGCCUUGUUUAGGUUUUACUUGGAACAGGAUGUUAAGAAUCAAGGUAAAGAGGUGAAGAAAGAAGUAACAGAAGAUGGCAGCACUGUUAACAAGACAGAGGAUGUACUUAUAAAGGUCAUCAGGGUCAUAGCUAACCUGUCAAUCAAUGAGAAUGUGGGACCAGUCAUAUGUUCUAACUACCAAUGUGUUGAUUACCUCCUCAAAGUAUUAGAAACAAAAGAUGUAUCCAGUAGUGAAGAACUUGUACUUAAUACAGUAGCAACUAUCAACAACCUCUCCUUCUACAACACCAAAACCAGUGCCAUCACUACACACCAAGUCAGGGUAUUAGAAGCCCUUCUAAAGCUGGUACUGGCUAAUAACAUGGAGGCAAUGGUUGAGGCUUGUCGAGUGUUUGCCAAUCUCACUAGACAGAGAGUGGUCCGAGACUUCCUCACUGAACAGAAGAUUGACAGAAUGCUUGUUACAAUGCUGGACUCAGGAAACCGUGAAGUUGUGUACAUUUCCUGUGGAGUUCUCAUCAACUUUAUGGUUGAUGAGGAGAAGAGGCCCAUGUUAAAGCAAGAACAUGGCAUCAGGAAAUUAGUUGAGGUACUUCGAGACUUCAGUAAGACAGAUUGGGAAUUAGCCAGUCUAGUUUGUCAAAUUCUGUGGAAUUACAGUGGUAAAAUCACAAGUUCUAAUGACUGCUUCGGUCAGCAGGAGUCUCAAGAUCUCAUGGAACUUCUCAUGGAGUUACUCGACAGAGACUCUGCUUUAGAUUUAUCGUUUAAAGAGGAUGAGGAAAUGACAGACUAUUUUGAGGAAACCUGGACAGAGCAGUUUUGUCCUGUGGCAGAACAGUUGCUACAGAGGAUAGAGACACACCAGUCUGACCUUGAACCAUUAGAAAACCCCAGCGGGUCAUAGUCAGGACUCAGACCUAGGAUCUUAUAUUAAUUUAAAUAAACGAAAUCACCUCUAUAAAGAAUAUGCAUUAAGAUACAUUUAAUAUGAGAGACGUCUACCUGAAUUUUGUGUGUUGGUAAAAAGUAUACCUGCUAUUAAUAGUCAUUUACGUCAAAUUUGUUAUGAUGGACUAUUCCUGUAAUUGUCCAAUACUCAUUAAGAGAAUAAGUAUGGAUAUUUAUGUAUAGACACAGGAUAUGUCCAUACAAUUGAAUUGUACUUGAGGGUGAUCUUGCUUGUUUUCUGAUGUCAUAAUUUUUUAUCUGAAAUCCAGUUCUCUAGUCUGUGAGCUAAAUAUUGGUGAGUGAGAAUUGCUUGCUUGUUAGAACAUAUCAGUGUACUGAUCAUUCCGUCCAUGAGUUGUCCAAAUACUGACAUAAUAAAUCUACUGUGUUCAAAUGCCAGAAAAUCCGUCCAUUUGUUUUUCUGUAGACAAGCUAUAGCUAUGUGUAUGCUAUAGCUAUGUGUAUGUGUGUAAUGGAUUAUGAAUUCUGUAGUUUGAUCUCUUCUUAUGCAUUUUAUUCUGUUGAAAAUUUUAAGGCAUUUUUUUAUGCUGAUUAUAUGGCAGAAGUAUAUUGUAGUUGAAACAGUAGACCAAGUCAAUUUAAUUUUACCAUGUUAAGACUCUAAACUGGAACAUGACUAAAUUUUUAUAUUCAUUAGAAACUCUUAGUAAGCUUUCUGAUCAACAUUGAUUAUAUAUCUGUCAGUCAAUCUAGUAUAGUAUACAUUCUUCUGAAAGGCUGUACAUGUAUACUAAAACAGAAUUAUUUACCAGGUAAAAUAGUCAUCCCUAUACUAGUAGUUCCAAGUUUUGUUACUUUCUGAAUUGGUCAGAAUUCUGCAACUCUAUUUCAUAUUGGCUGCUGAUUUUUUUUUU